AUGCCGCAAGUGGCUUUGGUGCUCGCGAGCACCCUCGCAUACCCUUUCUUCGGCCUAGGCACGGCUGUGGCCGGUAGUGCACGAAAAACGAGAAAACAGGAAUUUUCGAUUUCGCCGACUUUGCCCAUUAACGGCGGACGGAAAUUGCGGCACGGCAUGACGGGUGACGCCGAUGCCCUCCUCCGCGAGUACCGCCGGGCAAACCCUGGGCGUGCAGGCACGGCAGGCGGCCGCAGGCUGCAUGACAGCAGCCCGUGCUCUGAGCGAGCAGCAUGGGACUUCGAGGAUUUGGAGUGGGCGGAGCAGCACAUGGCGCACACCAGCCUGCUGGCGGAGCGGCCUGUGAUUAGGGCGGCCAAAACUGCCUCGAUCUCUGAGCUCACCAAGCUCGAGGGUUGCUUUCGGGCGGUCCAGGCCAGCCUCUCUCGAGAGCGAGCAGCAAUCACAACGCUGCAGACGGCGCUACAAAAUGCUGGCAUCGAGAGCAGUAGUGGCGCGCAGCUCAUAAAACGUGGCGACACUCCAGCCACUGUCUCUGUUUGCCCUGAAGCCGGCCCAACGACAGCCUCCGCGCUGCAGGACGCCAUGCUGCGCCGCAUUGCUUUACUGCGCGCCCAGUUACUGCAAUCUCAGGAGGAGCUCGAAGCGACAACCCUUUCGCGUGCAGCGCUCGAAGAGCUGGCGAGCGGCGCAGGCGUUGUGGUCGAAAGCGAGACUGCUGACUCUGCAUCAGCGAUCCGGCCUGAGGCGAUGCUCGCGCAGUUGGCACGGCUGAAUGGAGCGUUGCGAGAGGCCACGCGUGGUAGGAAAGAUGGGGAGAGGGGAAAAGGCCACCGUAAUGUAGUGCGCUCUUUCUCCAAGCCACCCGACGUUCCAAUCAGCGUCUUUGCCGACGGCUUCAUGCUGUUCCGAGGCCCGUUUCGAAAGUUCGAGAGCGACGAGGCGAGGAUGUUUGCCGCGCAGGUGAUGUCGGGCAUGAUGCCCCACGAGCUAAACCAGCGGUUCCCGGAUGGCUGUCUCUUUGAAAUCCAUGACGUUUGCCAUCAGACUCACGCUCAGGCGCAUGCGUUGGCUGUCGAGCGCCAACGGCCUUGCGGAGGUGGCUCCGCUAGAGUGGUUGGCGUCGAUGACAUGGCUGGUGCGGCGCCACUUCUCGCUCCUCAGCGGGCAGAGGACCUGCUCCGCCGCCUGCCCCAGACCGUGGUGCGAACGGGAGGCACCGUCGUCCCAGUGCGGUCAGAGCUCGCGCAAGUCCUCGGUGUGCCCCUGGCGCCGACGCCAGUCCCUCAAGACGGCUCGUCGCCGAGCGAUGCUCCGGAACCGGAUGACAUGCGUGCCGCCCGACUGCGGCGGUUUGCGGGUGCGGGUGUGUCGUCUGUCUGA